CUCUCCUCUCUUCUCCUCUCUUUCCCUCUCUUUCCCUCUCUUCUCUCCUCUCUUUCCCUCUUCUCUCCUCUCUUUCCCACUCUCUCUCAAUUCAAUUCAAUGGACUUUAUUGGCAUGGGAAACAUCUCUCACUCAUUCUGCCCUCUUGUGAGUGGGCUCCUCUCUCUCUAGAAUGUGAACCACUUAUCUAUGAUAAUCAUUCUUUGUUUCUCUCUUUGUCUCGUUCUCCCUCUCUGUCUCCCUCUCUCUUGGUCUUCUCUGUCUAUCUUUCUCUUUGUCUCUCCUUCUCUCCCUCUCUCUCUCGCUCUCUCUGCCUGUCUCUUUCUCUCUCUCUCUUUCAGAGGGUUUUGUCUAUCCUAGGCCAGAGGGUGUCUAUGCACUACAGUGACCCUAAACCACGCGCCAACGAGGACUGGCUCUGUAACAAGUGUGGGGUUCAGAACUUCAAGAGGAGAGAGAAGUGCUUUAAAUGUGGUGUUCCUAAAUCAGAGGCAGAGCUGAAACUGCCCCAGCUGAGGGAGUUACCCCUGGGUGUGCAUCAGAAGGACGGCUUAUUGCCCCUCCCUGCUCUCUACCAGCCAGCUGCUACCACCUCUACUGCCGUCACCACUCCCAGGGCUGGGGGCAGGGCUGGGGCAGGAGGAGCUGACACACAGCAGGCUGAGGUGGCCAAUGACACUCUGAUCCUGAGGAACCUGGGUCCCCAUACCUCCCUGGAGUCCAUCCUGUCCCUCUGGCUCCCUUCGCUACUCUGUCGCCUUCUAAUGUUCGACUGA